UUCUUCUUCCGUUCUUUGAGUUUCGGCAUUGUAAAUCUGAAAGAUUCCGGGAGAAGAAAAUUUCCAACCUUGGUGCUGUCCCUUUUGCUUGCAUACUACUCGUGCUAGGUUACUGCAUGCGAAUGGGGAUAUGCUGUAAGCAUUUGGCUUCACGGCAAAAGAAACUCAAGAGGAGCCGAGUCUUUCUGCGAGGCGAAUUUUCCCUGCAUUUUUCACAUGGCUAAGAUGUGUUCAUGCAUCCUUUGGUGUAUCGCCCAAGGCAGAGGUAAUUGUUAAGAUCAUGUUUGCCUCCGCCGUUAAUUGAUAUGAUAUGAUCUGAACAAUUAACGCCGGGGGUAAAUGCUCAGAGAAACAGCCAUUUGUGACGUAGUUGCACUACGGCUGUUCCAAGGGAUGAUAAAACAGUGACAUGACAGUUUGUGCUGCCUACAUUUUCUCUUGAUAGUAGAGUUUAGACUGAAGACCUGAAAGCACACUUGCUGCCUUGCUGGCGUUUGAUUGAUAGCUCAAUUAGGAGUUGGCUUGGAUGCCGACGUCCGAGUAAAGUACGAAAGCUUUAGUUGAGUCGGUUUGCCUUUUACAUAUAGUAUUAUAUAAUGUCCGUGUGGUGCUAGGAGUUGAUGUACGAAGGUUUAGGUUGUGUUGAGUCGGCAGCUUGUACGUCUAUAUAAGCAGAGACUUGGGGUAGAUUUAUGAGACACCAGAAAAAUGAGAAAAGCAAUAAAGAGAUAAUUACAAGGCACGACACAUGUCUCUAGUAAACUUUGUGUUGCCAAGUUCGUGUGUGUGUUCUGGUCUCGGUGUUUGCGUGAGCACCGACGAGAUAUCAAGUGCGACAGCUAAUUUCUAUACGUUGAGGCGAGUUGCGCGUACAUAGAGCUGCCAUGUGAUUGUGUGUUUGAUCUCUGAAAAAGAUCAAAGUUGUGUUCUAUUUGGUGCCCUCUUAGAGCAUCUACAGCCGGAUACCUCAAACCAUCUCCCAUACGUCCGCGGACGUGUCUGGUUAGUAACCGGACAGGAGAUAAAAAAAAAAUGUGACCCUAUUGGACCCCUUAUGUCAUCCCUAUACGCCCAGCCUGUCCGCGAACCCUCAUAUCCAUCUCGAAUGUAGGGAGGAUAUGAGGGCUCGCGGACGCGUCCAAGCGCACCCGGGCAGUCUGCCAUGUAGGACGUGGCCUCACCCGGGACCAUAUUUUCUCUUUCUUUAUUCAUUCUUUUAUUUCUCUCUCUUUUUUUUCACCAAUCACGUACAAGUGAUCAAACAUAUGAGGAGAAAAAUGAGGAAUGUGGUUAUGUGGAAGAACAAAUAGGAGUUUAAAAUGGACGUUUAAAGGGUCCUAUUUAUUAGGCAAAAGUCUGAAAAAGACCUUAAAUUCGUACUCCGAGUCUGAAUCAGACCCUGAACUUGAAUUCCCUGAAAUUGUCACCCCGAGCUCUCUGAUCGUGGCUAAUCCCGGCUGGAUGUUUGUUUGUGAGAAUGGGAUUGCUUACUUGGCAGGGAUAUGGAGAGGAAAUCAUCACAAUCUGGACCGAUCUCUGGGCCAUACCGUCCCCUCUUAAACCCACCACCAAGUCGGGCCUUCCCCCUUCUCUCCUGUCUCUCUCCAAUCUGUUCCUAUUCUCCCCCGUCUCUCGCUCGUCUCUUCAGUUUCAGGUACGCCGGCGUUGUCUCUAAAAAAAAGGUACGCCGGCGAUGGUGAACGGGGGCUGAUCGACAGGAAGGCAAGAAAAUCGCGGCGACCGGAGUUGACGGAGGUUUUCUUUCUGCAAGCAUGGAUCCGAGUGAGAAAUUGAAUGUUCGCUUUCACUUUGGAGGGGAAUUUGUCCGAGUUGGUCCUGAGUUAGAUUAUGUUGGAGGAGAUGAGGAGAUAUCAGAGAUAGAAAGGGACAAACUGUCCUUACCAGAAAUCACAGGGCAUUUGGCUGAUCAUAUCACAUACAAAGAUUCCAUGAAGCUUUAUUUCUUGGUUCCGGGUUUAGAAUUGUCAAAUGGCUUGAUGUUUCUCUUUGAUGAUGCUGGUUGUAUGAAAAUGUCAGAGUACACAACCGAUAGUGGAGUGGCUGAUGUGUAUGUUGAGUACUUUGGAGAGCAGGAUGAGGAAAGUGAUAGGAGUGGUAGUGAUUUUGAAGAUGAGAUACAAAGUGAGGAAGAGGGAGACAGUGAGGAAGCACCUGAUGCUAUCAUUUCUGCCGAAGAACAAGUGCAAUUCAGUGUUGGAAAUGUGAAUGGGUUGGCUGACAGAAAUGAACAUGUGGUUGUACCAGAUGACACUGGAGUUAUAACUUCAGUUAUUGCCAGCCCUUUAAGGAGUACAAUGAAAGAAACUUUUAGAGUUGAGUGUGGACAGAGUUCACAGAUGAUUGAUGCUCUGACAGGAAGCUCUCAAGUGCUCAAUCCUCGGUCACAAACUUGCAAAAUUGCACUUAUUAAAGAAACAGUUCAAAAACCAACUGUACCUGGAAGAGAAGAACAUAACAGUGAGUUUGAACAUGACAGUGAUUCAAGCAGUGAUGAUAGUGAUUAUGUGCCAGGUAGUGAUGACAGUGGACUAGAGGAAGAGUAUGUGGAACUUAAGGAAGAAGCAAAGGCAUUUAAGAAGAGAAUAAGAGAUUCUAAGAAGUGGGCACAGAGAAAUCCAACAGGUGUUGUUCCAAUUGAUUUAGUUGCAAAUGUGGAAGAGGUGAUAGGAGAAGAUCACUUUGAUUCUGAUGAUGAAGAUUAUUCAUAUGAUGAAGAUAGUGAUCAUGAUGGACAUGUUGUCAGGAGGAAGAGCAAGUACCCCAGGUAUAAUCCGAAGGCAGAUAUUCCAAUGUUUUGUUUAGGGAUGGUUUUCAGGAGCAAGGAGCAGAUGAGAAAGGCACUAAUAAAAUAUGGACUGCUCACAUUUAGGAGUAUAAUCUUCAUGAAGUCAGCCGAAGAUAGGAUCAGGGCUAAGUGUGGAUGGCCUGGAUGUCCAUGGCUUAUAUAUGGUGCUAAGACUACCAGGUGUUCUAGGUUCCAGGUGUUAACAUUUGAAUCUGAACAUGAGUGUGCACCUAACAGAUACAAUCACCUUGUUACUGCUAUGGUUAUAGCAAGAAAGUAUGAGCACAUCUUAAGAGCUAACCCCACAUGGAAGAUUGACAGUAUUAAAGCUACUGUUCUCAAAGAUUUCUUUGCCGAUGUGUCAACAUCCAAGUGCAAGGCUGCCAAGAAGAUUGUAUCAGAGAAACUACUAGCAGGUAUGAAAGAGGAGUACACCAAGGUGUUUGAUUACCAGCUAGAACUAUUGAGGAGCAAUCCUGGAAGUACAAUACUUGUUGGCUUGGACCCUACCAAUAUGGAUCAGAAUAUUUUCCAGAGCUUCUAUGUGUGUUUCAAUGCUAUGAAGCAGGGUUUUAAAGCAUGUAGAAGGGUGAUUGGACUUGAUGGUUGCUUUUUCAAAGGAGCAUGCCAUGGUGAGCUGCUUUGUGCUAUUGGAUAUUACUGAUCAAGGUGAAGGCUGGGUUUUUAUUUCAGAUCAACAGAAGGUAUAUUAGCUCAAAUUAGAGCAAGCCAGCAGGCUAAGAGAAAAGGAAAAGAUCAAGCAGAAGCAGGACCAAGUGGAGGGAAGAGGAAGGCUACCAGGAAGAAUGUGCAAGCCAAGAAAAAAUCAAAGAAUUAUUCCUGAUUGUCUACUGCUUCUCUAGUCUAAUUAGUACUCCCUCCGUUCGGAAAUACUUGUCAUUGAAAUGGAUAUAUCUAGAUGUAUUUUAGUUAUAGAUACAUCCAUUUUUAUCCAUUUUGAUGACAAGUAUUUCCAGACGGAGGGAGUAUGUUAAAUUAGAUGUCAGUAGUACUACAGAAAGUAGUACAACAGAACUGGUGGUUAUGUGGUUUAAAUUCUUAAGUCAGUAUGGUCAUGUACAGGUGGUUAUGUGUGUCACUGUGAACUGAUGCUAUUUUGCCUGGUACUUGUGUGUUAGGUGUUUCUAA